AAGAUAAUGAAGCAGUUUAUAUAAAUAAUAAAUAAACAGGACGUGUGUUGUUAUUGAUGAGACGUCAUAUAAGGACUACGACUCCCACAAUCCUCUGCGCCUGCCCCUGACGUCACACGGAGCCCGGACCCGGCGUACCUCUGUCAGCGACGCGUUUGGCAACAAAAGACUCGUUUUUGAAGCAGUUAGCGACGUUUUGUGGACGGCAGUGUGUGUGGGGACGUCAUCACAGGUGUGUUCAACAGCGGCGCGAUAUUUACAGGCAGUAGCUGGUAGCGAUGACACCGCCGCUGCUACUGUCCUUCGGAGGAAGAGGAAGAGGAAGGAGGCGAUGAUGAUGAUGACAUGCAGUUAGCUGGCUGCCUGGCUGGCGGACGGACGGACAGACGGACCGACGGACGGACUUGAGCCCGCCGUGUGAGCGGUGUCGCCCCACAAGCAGAGCAGGAUCCCUGGCGACGAGAGGCGAAGAUGCCGCGGAGGAAACAAUCCAACCCCCAGCCGGUGAAACUGGACUCGGAGGACGGGGCGGUGGUGUGCGAGCCGGGCUGCCUGGUUCUGGAGAGCGACUUCCUGCUGAGCGGAGAGCUGGAGUUUGGAGACUCUGAGAUCAUGGGGCUGGACAGAGAGUCGGGUAUGACGGUGUUCUCUCUGAGCGUGGAGGACGACCCCUCCGCACCAACGGACUCCACCUUCCCAGCUUUCCUCUCCUGUAAAGGGUGCGGUCAGCUGCUGGGAGACACGCCGCUGGGGGCAGGUUUAGAUCUCGGUGUGGGCUUGGACCUGGGGGCGGAGCUUUACUGUCUCACCUGUGAGGAAGGCCUCCAGCAGGAAGCCUCGAUCGACUCCUCUCAGGCGGAGGGCUCGAUCGAGGCCUACAGAACCAUCGGUGGCGACUCAGACAGGAAGAGGAGAGGCGCAGGCAAGACAGGCAGAGCCACCGAUGCCCCUCCCAAACUGUACUCCUGCUCGCUGUGCGCCUUCACCUCGCGCUACUCGAACCACCUGAAGCGCCACAUGAGGACCCACGACGGCCAGAAGCCGUACCACUGCCCCGUCUGCCCCUAUGCCUCGGCGCAGCUCGUCAACCUGCAGCGCCACGCCCGCACCCACACCGGGGAGAAGCCGUACCGCUGCGUCCAGUGCAGCUACGCCUGCAGCUCGCUCGGCAACCUGCGGAGGCACCAGCGCAUGCACACGCAGGAGAGGCCGCAGAGGAGAGAGAAGGAGAAACGACGGGGGAGACGGAAAAAAGCUGAAAGUGAAGAAGUCGUAUCAGACCUGACCCUGCGAGUGUCCCAGAACUCAGGUUACCUCCAGACGUUGGGGGGCCUCGGCUCUCCCUCCGCCCCGCUCCCCGUCCUGCUCUUCCCCCUGUGCUGCCGGAUGUGUGGCCUCACCCUGGAGGAGGCCGACCUGGAGGGGGACAAGGCCGAGGGGGAGGUGGAGGGCGACGGAGGACAGGUGUGUCGUCGCUGCUCGUUGGACCUGCUCUCCAAAGAUGAAUCCGGGCCUCGGGGAUCCCGGCGCGGUCAGCGUGGCACCAAGCUGUACCACUGCCCUCACUGCCCCUUCCUGUCCCACUACCCCAACCACCUGGCCCGCCACGCCCACACCCACUCCGAGGAGAAACCCCACCGCUGCCCGCACUGCCCCUACACCUCCUCGCACCUUGACAACCUCAAGCGCCACCUUCGCGUGCACACGGGCGAGAAGCCCUACCAGUGCCCAUCAUGCAGCUACGCCUGCGGCAACCUGGCCAACCUGCGGCGGCAUGAGCGCAUCCACUCGGGCGCCAAGCCGUUCCACUGCGGCGUCUGCGGCUACUCCUGCAACCAGAGCAUGAACCUGAAGAGGCACAUGCUGCGGCACACAGGCGAGAAGCCGUACGCCUGCGCCGAGUGCGACUACACCACGGGCCACUGGGACAACUACAAGCGCCACCAGAGGAAACACGGGCACAACACGGACAGCUGGGACAAACACGCGCCCAUUAACGGCCUCAGCUGGGGCAGAGACACUCAGGAGAGCCCGAGUCAGGGACACACUUAGAUACUGUGUGUGUGUGUGUAUGAGUCUGUGUGAGUCUGUGUGUGUGUGUGUGUGUGUGUGUGUGUGUGUGUUGUAUACACUGGUGAACCUCCAGCUCAGGUUGGAGCUAAACUCAGGUGCCUUUAACAGACUGAACGACUUCACCGCUGCACUGACUUUAUAAUGGGGCAUUAAUAUGUGUGUGUGGUGUGUGUGGUGUGUACACACUCACAUCACACACACACACGUUGAAUCAGAGGAGGUGUGGUCCCUCCUUCCUUCAGUAAAUGCAGUCCACAGACGUCUGGUCUGUCAGAAUGUGACGUUUUCUAACUGUGUGUCAUGAAGCCGAUCUGAAUCUGCUGAAUCCAAACGUUUAUUUUUCUCCUCGACAGAUGAUCUAUAUUUUCUAAAUGUGGCUGGAUUGUUUUUCUUUCAUACUAGCAGGGCGGAUCAUUAUCUCACAAGCUUUAAGUUGAUUUUGUAAUUUAAUCCAGGAAAUGAUCGGGCUCAGUUUAUCAGCGGGGUUCCUGUGCUGCUUCAGCUAUAUCAUUUGAAAUGUUCCUACCAGCCAACAUGGCCUCACCUGACUCGUCAGAUCCCAGGAGAGCGUUUUCCGUCUCCUGAAAACCGAAAGUCAGUUAGUUUAAUAACAAGUGUGAGUAUGUGUGGCAAACAACGUCCGAGUGACUUAGUAACUCAUAAUUCCUACCUGUUCAAAAUGAAGUUAACCAUGACGUUAGUUAAGGACGUUUCAGGCUGGACAAUGAGAGAUUGUAAAAUGGAGGUGCUCAGGAGCCCCGCUGUCCAAACGAGUCAGAAUCAAACAGAUGCUGCUGUUCUGCAAGAAUUUCAUGCCUUUAUUUUGUUGGUCUUGGCACCAGAUUUUUUUUUAUGUGUAGCGUGAAAUAUCCUGGAAUUUAAAGACUUUGAAUCCUGA